CCGGAAGUUGUCCCCGCCGCCCCUGUCUUCUCUGUCCCACAAUCCUGCGCGUUCUUCCUUUCUGGCUUGGGCCCUACGAGAUGGCUCCCGCGAAGAAGGGCGGCGAGAAGAAGAAGGGUCGUUCCGCCAUCAACGAGGUGGUGACGCGGGAGUACACCAUCAACAUCCACAAGCGCAUCCAUGGAGUGGGCUUCAAGAAGCGAGCUCCCCGGGCGCUGAAGGAGAUCCGGAAGUUUGCCAUGAAAGAAAUGGGUACACCAGAUGUGCGCAUUGAUACAAGGCUCAACAAAGCUGUGUGGGCCAAAGGAAUAAGGAACGUCCCGUACCGCAUCCGCGUGAGGCUGUCCAGGAAGCGGAACGAGGAUGAAGAUUCACCCAACAAGCUCUAUACUCUGGUUACCUACGUGCCUGUCACCACUUUCAAAAGUAAGUCUCCUACGACGACGAGCCUUCUGGAAUGGAAAGAGGAUUCAACCCUUUUAUUAGGCAUCUGGUCCAGUCUGACCUUUGGGCACCUUUAAUGCCUGGUAACGCGGCAGGGGAACGUCACCGGCAUAGUCAGAUGUUGCUAUGGGAACAGACAAGUCCGUUUAGCUUGUAGAGCGGGACAGCAGAGCCCUUGUAGAAACGGUUUGGGGUGUUCAGGGACCGGCUAACGUGUGCAUGGAGACACUGAAAGGUUCUAAGGUUACUUUUUUUUUUCCUUUCAGAUCUACAGACUGUCAAUGUGGAUGAGAACUAAAUAAAGUUGUAAGACUGCC